CGCGCUUGGAGAACUGGGAUAUAUAACUGGCAACCAAACUACAGUCGCCAAACAUCAUGUCUGAACGACGAUCCACAAACUCUGGCUCUUCCACACCUUCUACACGGUCCAUCUCCAGAGACCUACCACCUCCUCGCCGUUCUAGGGCGCUAAAACCAGUACCUCUCCCUCUGGAGAACACCAGUCUCAAGCGCCUAAUUUACAUCCUGGUCCUCUUCACGACCAUCCUCUCCGCAUUCUACUCAUACCGCAUCAUCCAACACAAAUCCGCAGUCGGGGGCUGGUGGAAUUUGCUAUUAGGCCGACAACCUCCCCAGGCCCACACUGGUACCCAACCCGUUGAAACCCAAUGGCAGCAGCCCACCGCAGGGGGUGUGCGACACCAGGGUUCGAUUGAAGCGAAGAUAACCGACCUGGCGAGUGCCUUUGGCAUUCCACCGAGCGAAUUGGCUUCAGCCAUAGCCGUCGCCGUUCGCAAUUACGUUCCUCCUGCAAGUCUUUCCUCGAUCGCUGCGAAGGAGACGGGGGAUAUCGUCCAUGUUCUGCUGGAAGGCGACGAAGAACUCCAACGGAAGGUCGGACACCCUGAGGCUACCCCUUCGAGCACGGCAUCGUCCCAGGGUGUUGUGGAGAAUGUUCUUGAAGGGGUAGAGUCGUUUGUUGGAAUGGAAGAACCCUAAUAAAUUCUCGCAGGUAGAGAAGGCAUAAUCGAAUUCAACUGUCUAGCAUACGAUAUGUACAUAUACGUUGUACUGGUCGAAAGAUACCGUCACUUUUUGCGCCCUUCAA